AUGUUUUCCACCGCCAUCCGCAAGAUAGAGCAUCACACGGGAGAUUUGAAUGGUGGCUCAAAUUCCGGCAUCAUCGACCUUAUUGAACGCGCCCUACGCAACGACUGGAACUGCAUUUUCGCCGUAACUGCGCGAAAUCCGCUGACCAGCGAAUACACCGCCUCGGUGGUGCGAUACGAUCCUGAUGAUAUGAACCACGAUGAAGUGAAGGAGCUGGUAUUCUACGAACGGCCAGUGCCUGGCGCAACGAGAGAAGAGACAUUGAAAAAUUUGCUGUAUAAAGUGGAAGCGGACCUCUGGGAGGCACAACAACGUACUCGUGAGAGGGAAGCGGGGGAGGGGGAUCAUGAACUGUAUGAGGACGCCACUGACGAGGAUAAAAUGAAGGAGGAUACGACGGUUGAAGAUCGGGCGACUCGAACAAAUUCUGCAAAGCGAAGAAAGCUAGAAGAGGCUACGGGGUCAAAAUCAGGGGACAGAGCUAAGAGAUAGGCCCCUCUCAUUCACAUGGGGCGGGUUGACCAAUUUGAAAUCAACGAUUUAAUGCUAGGCAUCUCACGUACAUACACG